UUAGUUGAAAUUUAUCACUGAUCGCAUUCAGUUCUCAUAGUUACUAAAAUAAAAAAGUUAUUAUGAAGCUUUUGGUAUUGUGUGUAAUGCUCAUUGGCUUGAUUGUCAGCUGCUUUGCGUUCAAAAAUGAUGUGUGCAGUCAGCCCCAUUCCAGAAAUGGCGACGGACGAAUUUCAUGUGAGGCUUAUAUACCCAGAUGGAGCUUCGAUGCGGAUGCUAACGAAUGCGUUAAAUUCAUCUAUGGAGGCUGUGGAGGCAAUGACAAUAGCUUUGGCACCAAGGAGUUAUGUGAGGAGAAGUGCUUGGUAUAAACGGCUGUUACUCACUGAAUGAUAGAUCAACAAAGGAUAACAAGAAUCCAAUUUAAUUUAAUACCGCUUAAAAGCGCCUUUCUUGUUUUAUUUCAUUAUGAGAUCUUUGAUUUAAUAGCUCAAAGUACCUUUACCCUAUACCUUUGUACCCUUAGAUAUCUUGUAAGACAUAUAUCAACCUUUCCCACCCUAUAUAACUUGAUCAAAUCUCAUAUAAAUAAAUAUAUAUAUUUUACUUAUAUAUUUAAAAACGUACUUACCUGCAUUAUUGUAAUAUCCUCAUCUAUCAGUGGGAAGGAAAGACGACAUUUCUUAUCAACACACUGAAAGAACAGAAAAGCAUAAAUAAAUUUAAUGUCACAAUGUGUAAAAUAACUUGCAAGCAUACGACUGCAUUAGU